AUGGUGAAGACUUAUUUACGGCCUCCCCCCGUCUUCACAAGAGGUGAAAAAUGCCAUCUUUGGGACACCGAAGGCAAAAGAUAUCUCGAUUUUACUGCGGGCAUUGCUGUCAACGCUUUAGGUCAUUGUGACCCUGAAAUCAGUCGAAUUCUUAAUGAUCAGAGUUGUACAUUGAUGCACACCUCUAAUCUGUAUCAUAAUGAAUGGACUGGGGCGCUUUCCAGGCUUCUUGUACAGGUAACAGUUGAGGCAGGAGCUAUGCAUGACGCGCAAUCAGUUUUCAUCUGCAAUUCUGGCACUGAGGCUAAUGAGUCGGCUAUCAAGUUCGCAAGGAAGUCGGGCAAAAUUGUAGAUCCAUCGGGGAAGAAACAUGAGAUAGUAUCAUUUCAUAAUUCUUUUCAUGGCCGAUCAAUGGGCGCACUAUCAGCCACACCAAAUCCCAAAUACCAAGAGCCAUUCUCGCCCAUGAUUCCAGGAUUUAAAUAUGGGGAUUUCAACGACGUGUCGGCGUUAAAUGAAUUAAUUACUGAAAGAACAUGCGGUGUUAUUGUCGAACCAAUACAAGGCGAGGGGGGAAUUAUUGUUGGAACAGAUGAAUUUCUCACCGCUCUUGCAGCACGAUGCCGAAAAGUUGGUGCAGUCCUAAUCUAUGAUGAAAUACAAUGUGGCUUAUCCCGCACGGGUAAAUUCUGGGCUCAUGCUUCCCUUCCCAAGUCUGCACAUCCGGACAUAAUUACUAGCGCCAAAGCCCUUGGAAAUGGAUUCCCUAUUGGUGCUGCCAUUGUCAAUUGUUGUGUCAGCGAAAAAAUAAUGGUCGGAGAUCACGGAACCACAUUUGGCGGGAAUCCCUUGGGAUCUCGUGUUGCGCAUUACGUCGUAAAUCGGCUUCGCGACACAGAUUUUCAGGCGAAUGUAUUAGUCAAGAGCGAACUUUUCGUAAAUCAAUUACGGUUACUUCAAAAAAAAUACCCACAAUUGAUCACGCAGGUCAGGGGAAGAGGCUUAAUUCUUGGUCUUCAGCUUUCCCAGGAUCCCGCCCCAAUUAUUACUGCUGCUCGUGAGAAAGGACUGCUUAUAAUCACAGCUGGGACGAAUACGAUUCGUUUUGUACCUAGUUUGACUAUUACCCAAUCGGAAAUUUUGGAAGGUCUCCAAAUUUUGGAAAAAGCUAUUGAGGCUACCAUAUCAUAA